GACCAUAACUAACCCCUCCUAUUCCACGUCAGUAAAAUCAUCUAAGACCAUAGAUGAUUCCUGGCCCACAAUGAAAGACCAGAUUGAGCGAGCGGCCACGGCCUUGGCCGUCUUCAUCGGCGCUGCGGCGUCACUAUUUAUCGCCUCAAGCAUCUCCGGAAUCAAGGAGAAAGAGCCCGACAAUGCAACGGACGACGUCAAUGGCCUUAUUUUUCUUGCCUUCUUUAUUGCAAUAAUUGGUUACGCCCACGGAUACGCGAUCCUUACCUACACCGCUAUCACUAAUCGAAACGAGGUGGAUUUACGCGCCGUGGACAGGUUCCUGUUUUGCUGGGGAUAUUUUUUGUCGAGCGGAAGCUUCUUGGUCGUGGCAAUGGUACGAUUGAUGUUUGGCAAGGUUCUGCGAUCUCAUCACUCUUUCGCCUGGGCCAUUGCCGGCUCUGCUGUCAUUGGCGUUACCAGACUCAAGUUCGGAUGUUCAUUCAGUUUCCAGCCUCCUGGGUCGCCGCAGCCCGUGGACCGGAGACGAGUCUCCGGAAAGAGCCACGACUCCGGAGAGGGCUUGAAGGGACUUCAACCCAGCAACAAGCCGGCGCCAUGGGUAAAGGAGAACCGAGAACCGGGAAGUUCUCACCGAUUCCAGAAAUGA